CAGCAUCUAUUUGCCAACCAGUAUGACCCGUUACGCGACUAUUGAUGAGGUGAACGCAGCUAUACUGCAGCUGGAAGAGCGUGAGCAUGCUUCUUCAGCAGACACAAUGCGUCCAGGCAUCUCUUCUAACGGUAAAGAGCACAAACCAGAAAGAAGCUGCGAAUUUGGAAGAGAAACAAGACAUAAAGAGGUUAGUACUCGAGUACAAUGUGAGAGAGAGAGACGAAGAGGAAUCUAAUGGGUUAGGGACACAAGUACUGAAUUGGGGACCUGGAGGAGGCAGAGGAUCUCGUCACCGGUUUGUUUACCAUCAAGGAGGUGGUGGUUCGUAUCAUUCUUGAAGAAAGUAAGUUAAGGUUCAGUGAACUGCUUUCGUGGCAUAUGCGCAUAUGUAUACGACAAGAAAUCUACAAAAGCAGUAGACUAUUUCAACGAAUUAUCAACAAUAUAAAACAGAACUGAUCAAUGUGAACGUUUCUUGAAUAUUUUGGUACAGUUUCUAGUGAUUUAUUAGUGAGAUU